CGCUGUCAUUUGUAAACUCACUCGCAGAUUCCGUUCCCACAUUCGACUCAUCGUCAGUCAUCACUCGCGCGCAUAAAUUGAAAACAUCUGAUUAUAAAGCGUAACCAACUACCAAGUUAAAUGGAGAUGAAGCGGCUCUGACUUCUGAGCUUCCUAAAACGGAGAGACUUAAUCACUUAUUCCAUUGAGUGGAAACGCCGUUCAGACUGCACGCCAACCAAAAUCGUAUGCGAUCUGAAAAUAAAUGGCGGCCGUCAACUUGCUGGCGGAACUGCUGUUGGACCCCGCUGUCACUUUGGGACCGUUCGACACUUUCCCGCAAUUUCAAGAAUUGUUUCCACCCAAGUAUAGGGACCAUCCAGACGCCCGUCUCUUGUACAGAGCGUUCCAGAGACAGCGUAGAAUUGUGCGUGAAAAGGUUGCCAAGGAUAUCCAACGACGGUACAAACAAGGUCUGCAUGGCAGUAUGAGCAUGCAGGGUAGUAGGACUACAGAGAAUCAGUCUUUAGAAGAAACGGUUCAUUUCUUGGAAGACAAACAAGCUGAAGUAGAAGAGGAACUGAAAGCCACAAGACAGGAAAUAGGCACUCUUGAGGAAGCCAUUCACAGCCUUUCGUCACGUCUUGAAAAGUCGAAACCAACUGGUCCAUUAUCUCUAAGCAACCUCAAUCAGCUUGAAGAACUUAAAGGCUUGGCAGCAACUCUCAGAGAUCCAACGUGAUUUGACCCAACAGUGGACCUGCAAUUACAUGUACAUGUAUGUAAGGGUCAUGGUCUUGUAUAGUGACCAUUAAGGGCCAGCGCAAAUAUGUAAUUGUUGCAUUUAAAAAUUUACAACGCAUAAAACAUAAUGUUGAAAAAGUAUGGGAUAAAUUGCCUGGGUCAUGAAAAUACAGCUGGCUAUAUACUGCAAAGUGGGACCAAAUACAUUUGUAGAAAAAAAAUUAAGUGGUUGUGCUCCUGAAACUUGCUAGAGAUAGGAAGUGCAAGUCAGACCCCCAAAAAUGAGUUAAGUUUGUUUCUGUUUAUCAAAAUCCCCUCACUACGGGCUUGAUGGCUUGAAAUAAGUUGUUUAUUUGUUAAAAA